AUGGCAACGUUACCUGAGUCAAAGUCAAAUCAAGUCAGCAAUGAUGAGAUCACGGGCGAAAAUGUUGAAAGCGGGGACCUUGAGAAUGGAUCGAAUGGUAUCCCCAUAUACACCAAAGAAACCCUUACGGGCGUCAACAUCUACCGAUAUUUAGCAACAUUACUGUCGUUCGUUGUGAUGGGAAUGAACGAUGCUGCUUACGGCGCGUUGAUCCCAUACCUCGAAGAGUACUAUAAUAUAACUUACACCAUUGUUUCCCUCGUGUUCCUGGCCCCUUUCCUUGGUUACACAUUAGCCGCUCUUUUGAACAACCAAAUCCAUAUGCGAUUUGGCCAGCUCGGUGUUGCUGUUAUAGCGCCUCUGUGCAAGCUUAUAACCUACGCGGUUACGUGCGCUCACCCAGCCUACCCCGCUCUUCCUGUCAUCUUCAUGAUUUCGGGUUUUGGGAACGGAUUGGAAGAUUCGGGCUGGAAUGCUUGGAUUGGGGAUAUGCAAAAUGCGAAUGAGCUCUUGGGAUUCCUGCAUGGUGCGUAUGGUCUCGGGGCCACAAUAAGCCCGUUGAUCGCAACCGCCAUGGUUACCAGAGACAUACCGUGGUAUGCGUUUUACUACGUUAUGGUUGGUAUCACGGUUCUUGAACUCGUUGUCUGCGUUAUAUCGUUCUGGAAGGCAACGGGAGCAGUCCACCGGGCCGCAAACCCACCACCCAAGUGCCAAGAAGGCCACUCUCAGUCUCAGACUAAAGAAGCUCUCAAGAACUACGUAACCUGGAUCCUCGCAUUUUUCCUCCUCAUCUACGUGGGCGUCGAGGUCGCGCUUGGCGGCUGGCUCGUGACGUUCAUGCUUCGAGUCCGCCAUGGAGAAGCAUUCGCAUCCGGUCUCGUCGUCAUGGGCUUCUGGCUAGGUAUCACCGUCGGCCGUAUGAUCCUCGGUUUCGUUACUGGAAGGAUUGGGGAGAAGCUAGCCAUUGCGGCUUAUAUAUUCAUUUCCGUAGCCUGCGAGCUGUGCUUCUGGCUAAUUCCCAACUUCGUAAGCAGCGCAAUUUUCGCGGGAUUCCUCGGUUUCUUCCUAGGUCCUCUGUUCCCCGCUGCCAUUGUGGUCGCUACGAAAGUCCUGCCGAAGAGGUUACACGUCAGUGCGAUUGGGUUCGCGGCCGCGUUUGGAGGUGGUGGUGCUGCGAUAUUCCCGUUUGUGGUUGGGGCUAUCGCGCAGGUUAAGGGGGUGCAAGUCCUGCAGCCCAUUGCGCUAGCGUUGAUAGCUGUUAUAUUCAUGCUUUGGUGUUCGCUCCCAGGAGGAUUCAAGAAAGAUGGCUUGAAGAAGGUGGAGGAUAAGAGGGAGAUGGAGGAUGAGAGACUGAGGCAGGAGGCGAGAGAGGAGGAGAGGAGCACGGUAAUGGCCGAGACGCCGACCGAGGAGACCAAAACGGAGUGA